UUGAGUGCAGUAGAUAUAUAGCAAGUCAUUCAAAAGAUUGAAAUAACCUCCAAUCACACAGAUUCAACCGACUCUUUUUACACGUCAUCAAAUUUCAUUGUUUGGAGAUUCAAGUAGUUUACUAUUAGAAAUAUCCGUUGAAGGUACCACAAUCUUAUUUUAAAAUAUCAAGUUUUAUAAUAAUAAUUGCAGCAAAAUGAGUGAUGAUAUUUCACUAUAUACUUUACCAAAUAAUCAACCAGUAGUAUUACUUGAAUGUGAACCAGCAUUUAAUGCACUAUCAAAAAAUGAAAAGCUUUAUGCACAUUAUUUGAGUCAAGCUGCUUGGAAUGGAGGACUUAUAGUUUUGAUUCAAACUUCACCUGAAUCACCUUUGAUAUUUGCUUUUUUGCAUAAAAUCUUUCUUGCUGAGUCUAUUGAUGAAUUGAAAGAAGCAUCUCUCAAAGCUGGCGUUACUGAAGAUGAAUUCACUGCAUUCUUAGUGUAUGCUUGUGGAAUCUAUUCAAAUGCUGGUAACUACAAAUCAUUUGGUGACAGCAAGAUAAUUCCAAACUUACCAAAAGAACAGCUGGAGAAAAUAAUGAAAGCUUCUAAAGCUUUUAAGCAAGAUCCAAAAGGUCUAGAGGAUAUUUGGAAUAAAAUAAAAACUUGUGUAUAUUCUUUGGAGGGAAAAGUUAAAUCACUUGGCUUAGGAGAUAAAGGAAUCACUACAUAUUUUUCAGCAAACUGUAACGAUAAAGAUGCAGACUUAGUUAAUGAAUUUAUGCAAAGUAAAAAUAUUGAAGGCUACAAUACAAGAUGUUUUAAAACUGUCGAACAUUUUAUUGAGUCUAAUGAGAAAAAAGAACGUAAUGUGUAUGAAAUCAAACUGGCUUCUUUAGAAGAAGGUCCUGAUGCCAAUAUUACAUUUCCGGAGGAAGAAUUCAAAGGGUCUGUAUUCCGAGUAACCAGAGGAGACUAUAGUAAAUUAUUUGGCCCAGUUAUCGAUCAUCUUGAAAAAGCUAAAAUUUAUGCUGCCAAUGAAAACGAAAAAAAUAUGUUGGAAAAAUAUAUCAGCAGUUUCCGAACAGGAUCACUUGAUGAUCACAAAGCAGGUUCUCGCUUCUGGAUAAAAGACAAAAGACCAGUUAUUGAAACUUACAUUGGUUUUAUUGAAACAUAUAGAGAUCCAGCAGGUCAAAGAGGAGAAUUCGAGUGCUUUGUGGCAAUGGUUAAUAAAGAAAUGUCCCAAAAAUUUGCAAAUCUCGUAACCAGGGCUGAAGAAUUUUUGACAAUGUUACCAUGGGGUAAAGACUUUGAGAAAGAUAAAUUCUUAAGGCCUGAUUUCACAUCUCUGGAUGUUUUAACCUUCUCAGGAUCAGGAAUUCCAGCUGGAAUAAAUAUUCCUAAUUAUGAUGAAAUCAGACAGAGUGAAGGAUUCAAGAAUGUUUCCUUAGGAAAUGUAAUUCCUGCGAGUAUGAAACAAGAUGUCAUUCCAUUCCUUUCUGAUGAAGAUCAAGCAUUAAUGAAUAAACACCGAAUUUCUAGCUUUGAAGUUCAAGUAGGUUUACACGAAUUACUUGGCCAUGGAAGUGGAAAACUGUUGAAAAAGUUGCCUAAUGGAGAGUUUAAUUUUGACAAAGACAAAGUAAUUAAUCCAUUGACUGGUAAACUGAUUGAAAAAUACUUUUUGAGCGGUGAAACAUACGACUCUAAAUUUGGUGCGAUGGGUUCUUCAUAUGAAGAAUGUCGAGCUGAAGCUGUUGGACUCUAUUUGAGUCUUGAACAAGAAAUAUUGAAGAUCUUUGGUCAUGAAGGAUCAGAUGCUGAUGAUAUUGUUUAUGUUAAUUGGUUAUCUUUGUUGUGGGCUGGUUGCGCUAAGGCUCUAGAAAUGUAUGAACCAGGAACGAAAAAAUGGCUACAAGCUCAUUCACAAGCACGUUAUGUAUUGAUGAAAGUAUGUUUAGAAGCUGGUGAAGGAUUUGUUGAAAUUAAAGAGACUGAACCAGGAAAGAACCUACGACUGACUGUAGAUAGAUCAAAGAUUCACACUGUUGGUAAGAAAGCUGUUGGAGAAUUUUUGAAAAAACUCCAAAUUUAUAGAAGCACAGGUGAUGUUGAAGCAGCUAAAGAGAUGUAUGAUCAUUAUUCUGCUGUUCCUGAAGAUGGUUCACACCCUUGGGCUAAAUGGAGGAGCAUUAUUUUAGCUCAUAAACAACCGAGAAAGAUUUUUGUUCAAGCCAAUACUUUUCUUGAAGGUGACAAUGAUGUGAAAUUGAAAAAUUACAAUGCCGAUUUCCAAGGAUUGAUACAGUCAUGGAUUGACCGUUUUCCAACUUCGCAAACUACUGAAGUUCUUAUUGAAAUGUGGGAAAAAGAACAAAAGUAUUUUUCUAACUGCAACCUCCCUAAUUAAGCUUUUAUUAUUUAUAAUAAAUGAUGUUUUUCAGUUUUUAUUGACUCAGUUAUAAGUUUUCUAUCAUGAAAAUAAAGAAUAAAAAUAUUUUAUAAAA